CACUUUCAGUAACUAUCCAAUCACUGAAUGUCACUUUCAAUCCCUUAUUUGCAUAUGUGGACCUGAGUGAAAACUAUCUACAGUAUCCCCCUGCUGGCCCAGAGUGAGAACUUCAGUACAUAACAUAUUUGGGUGCCUUUUCUCUUUGUUCUUUCUCUACACAGUCGCCAUGGCAUCGCUCCUGUCCUCAGACCGCGAAUACUUCCUCAUCCAGGACCCGCAAACCAUGCUCGGUGCCCACUGCUACUGCCUUCGACAGGGCACCCGGCUGGCAGGUUUCCGGGAUGACAGGGAUAUGGAGCAGGCUGCCUCCCUCUGCCCCAAUUGCUCGUUCUGGAUCGGGCUGUACCGCCAGGGCCUCUCUUGGGUCUGGCUUAAUGGCGACCCCUAUAAGUUUACGCAGUGGAGCCCAGCGUCCAGGACUUCGGAGAGCUGUGCGGUUAUGAACGAGAGCCUGUGGUAUCAAGAGAAAUGCCUCCAAAAACAUCCUUUUGUGUGCUGCAAAGGUGAGUGACAACGCAAAAAUAUGAGACGGAAAACACAAAAAUGCAUAAUACAUAAAAUGCAUUAUAAGAACAAGAACUAAACAAGACACCUCCACAAUAGCUUAACACCUACCAAAACAGCUAAAAUGUAUAAGACAAAAACAAAUCUGUGCUGGAGGUGUGGUAAAACAGAGGGGACACUUAUACAUGUCUGGUGGACCUGUGAAAAAAUCAAAAGCAUUUGGAACACUGUAUAUGAUGAGCUUAAAAAAAUGUUUAAGUAUAACUUUAUGAAAAAUACAGAAGCUUUUCUACUAGGGAUAAUGGACACAGGUAUAGCAAGAGAAGAUCAGAAAAUAUUCCUCUAUGCCACAGGAGCGGCAAGGAUCCUAACUGCUAAAAACUGGGGGAAAAGAAACUGUGCCAAUGAAAAAGGAAUGGCAAGACAAAGUGUUAGAGUACUGUAUAUUGAACUGGCUAGAUUAACAGAGGCAAUUAGGGAUCACACUAGACAAGAGUUUCAAAAAGCAUGGGGAAAAUGCAGAGAAUACUUCACAAAACAGUGCCCUAAAAUACAUACCUGGACUUGUUUUGAUUAAUGUCUGCAGGAGACUUUGUGUAUAUUUAAGUUAUAAUUAGAAAAAUCUUAAUAAUUAUUCAUAAAGGAAACAGUUUAUAAGAAGUAAAUAAGGAGGCCCAGAUACGGGAUAAAGGAAGUCUUUUAUUUGGUUGUUUGUAUUGUUGUAUGUUAUGCUCAUUGUAUGUUAUGUUCACAUUUAAUGAGGGUGGAUUUCUGUAUUGGGGGGCUGGGGGGGGUUAUGUUAUGUUGCAAAUAAAAUUCCAAUAAAAAUUAAAAAUAAAUAAAAAUAAAUAAAUAAACAAGACACCUCCACACCUGAGCAUGCUGUUACCUUCCUAUUGUGUCUCAAUACCCCUAUUUUGGCUACGUCACUGGAAAGGCUCAGCACCUAAAUCCACCCCUCAUGUUCAAAGAACGUUUGACACACAUUCAAAGCACACGACCCUCCCAUUCAGAAUACAGUGGUGCCUCGCAAGACGAAAAGAAUCCGUUCUGGGAGUCUCUUCGUCUAGCGGUUUUUUCGUCUUGCGAAGCAAGCCCAUUGACGGAUUAGCGGAUUAGCGCUAUUAGCGCUAUUAGCGGCUUUUAGCGGCUUUUAGCGGCUUUUAGCAGCUUAUCAGCUUAUCGGAUAAGCAGAUAAGCGGCUUAGCGACUUAGAAAAAGAGGGGGGAAAGGAAAAAAAAAACCCCAGGAACUCGCAAGACAUUUUCGUCUUGCGAAGCAAGCCCAUAGCAGAUUCGUUUUGCGAGGCACCUCCAAAACGGAAAACUCUUUCGUCUAGCGAGUUUUCCGUCUUGCGAGGCAUUCGUCUUGCGGGGCACCACUGUAAUGGGAGCUGUGAUUUGUUUAAGGGUGCUGGAAGUCCUGAGGGGGGAAACUACAGUUCCCAGUAAUAAGAAAAGCAAAGCGUGGAUAAAUAACCGCUUCGAAAAAGGGUCUCCUAUAUUCUGCCUUUCAGGGCCUACAGGCGCUCUUCCUUUUCUUCUCCAACUCCUGCUAAACUGCCGCUCCAUACCUGACCAGAAGGACGUGUUGACUCCUGCCCCACAGUCGACCAUGGCUGGUAGGUAUCCUAAACCUGUAGCAGACUUUUCCCAAGCCUGAUUUCAGCAAGUGGUGGAGGAGAUGGGGAACAGGACCCUGAAGGUGCCAGGGAAAUAUUCUGUGGGUGCAGGGGCACUCAAGUUUGUGAAAACCUGGUAAUUCCUCCGCUUGCCUCUAGGGGGAGCAAUUGAGCAUUAGGUUUUUAUUAUUAUUAUUCUAACAGAAUCUCAUAGAAUGAUAGAGUUGGAAAGGACCCUGAGGAUCAUCUAGUCCAACCGCCCUGCAAUGUCCCUUAGGGGGAUCAAACCCUAACCCUAACCCUAACCUGAAACCUUGAUUUUAUCAGCACCAUGAACUGACCAUAUGUGCUGGAAGCUGCCCAGAGUGGCUGGGGAAACCACUCUGUUGUUGUUGUUGUUGUUGUUGUUGUUGUUGUUGUUGUUGUUGUUAACCAACUGAGCUAUCCACUUCCUAUUGUUAUUCUACAACACUUAAUUGAUGUCUGCUUUCAACUAUUUCAUGGUUUUACUGCUGCAAACUACUUUGAUGUAUUUAUGUUUGGUGAUAAAACAGUGUACAAAAUUUUUUAUAAAGCAAACAAACAAACAAAUGUUAUUUCAAGAAAAGCAGAUUUCUAUCCAGCCCUUCUGUAGUGCUGACACCUUCAUUCCUAUUAGUUUGCCUCUUGAUUGUGUUGUUCCAUAUUGCCCAGUCCUCUACAGUGGUACCUCAGGUUAAGUACUUAAUUCGUUCCGGAGGUCCGUAUUUAACCUGAAACUGUUCUUUACCUGAAGCACCAGUUUAGCUAAUGGGCCUCCUGCUGCUGCCACGCCGCUGGAGCACAAUUUCUGUUCUCAUCCUGAAGCAAAGUUCUUAACCUGAGGUGCUAUUUCUGGGUUAGCGGAGUCUGUAACCUGAAGCGUAUGUAACCUGAAGUGUAUGUAACCUGAGUUACCACUGUACUAUAUUAGGAAUGCAGGAAGCUGACUUAUACUAAAGCAGACCACUGGAAGACCACAUCCAAGGAUCUCAUCUCCAGAAUUAUCCUCUGAAGUGGCUUAGGCCGAGAGUACAUGACAGUCCCAAGGCUAUAUAAUGCACUUUGUGGUUGGAACUGGAACCUGUGUCUCCCUGAUUCUGAUCUGGAUCCAUUUACCACAAUCGCAUAAGCCAUGGGUAGGCAAACUAAGGCCUGGGGGCUGGAUCCGGCCCAAUCGCUUUCUCAAUCUGGCCCACGGAUGGUCCGGGAACCAGCGUGUUUUUACAUGAGUAGACUAUGCCUUUUAUUUGAAAUGCAUCUCUGGGUUAUUUGUGGGGCCUGCCUGGUGUUUUUACAUGAGUAGAAUGUAUUCUUUUAUUUAAAAUGCACCUCUGGGUUAUUUGUGGGGCACAGGAAUGCGUUCAUUUUUUUCUUCAAAAUAUAGUCUGGCCCCCCACAAGGUCUGUGGGACAGUGGACCGGCCCCCUGCUGAAAAAGUUUGCUGACCCCUGGCAUAAGCUCUCAUUGCCAGCUCCUGCAUCAGACUGAAAUGUUCAUCCUGUGAUUUAAGAGUGGACAUAUCUAUCAGCAACGGUCAGAAUCAGAGCUGCGUACAAGAUUGCCACACACCUAGGUAUCAAUGGAAUCUUGGAAAAUCUCAGAUUGCAGGCCGGUGAAACAUCCUCAGUUUCAACACUGAGGGAAACGGUAUCUGCGCCUCAUAGGGCUUCCUGGAGUGAGGUGGGCACAAGUAGGAAGCCAUAUCCCUUACUCUAGGGAUGGCGAACCUGCAGCCUGGCAGAUAUUGUUGGAUCCCAACUCCCACCAUCCCUGUCACAAGUUAGGGAUGAUGGGAGUUGUAGUCCAACAAUGUGAGAAGGUUCACAGGUUUCCCACCCCUGAUGUAUACACAGAGCAAGAAUCAUGGUUGACAGUAUUAAUAUUGUGGCUCAGGGUGCUUCCACAUUAUGGGCGGUAUUCAACUGCUCUGUCCCUUCGGCACUACGAUUUCUGCUUGCCCAACAGGAAUUUCCCUCCCUUCUUUACCCCAUGCACCCUUCCCAAAUCUGCUCCACGGGGUUGUGGGAAACAGCCAGAACAAAUUUAGGGGGGUCACACAGGGGGAGAAUAGGGAGAGAACAUCUUGUUGUGCGAGAAUAAUCAUGAGAGACUUAGCAUCAAGCCUAGAUUACAGCCAUGGUUUCUUGCGGUCAAGGGAUUAUCCCCUGAAUGCAAGAAGCCAAACAAAUUCUGCAAAACCGGUCGAUGCAAAUCCAGCUCCUUUGCAUAAUUUACACAGGUCCCAGGAUGUGGCUUUCUAAAGUCAAGAAUUCAGCUUGACUUCCCCCACAACGCAAACACUCACAAAGCUGUUUGUGUCUAAGUUACGGCCCUAUAAUAUUUUGGGGGUGGGUGGGGAGGAAGGUAGUGAAUGGCAGUGGAGCUAAUUCUUAAAAUCUUUCCUCUUAGUGACUUCCCCUCCCACAGCAAGUGGUUCAGCUUCAGAUUCCUGGAUACCUGUGACAAGCAAACGGUUCUCAGCCGGAUCUAACCAUGGUGAGUUUUUUCCAGACAGCCUGGAGGAGUGAAGAAGGGAAAUGGAAAAGAGUGAUGUUGUAAGAAAAAAAGGUAAAGGACUGGUCAUGUUGUGCGGAUGCCUGAUGAUCGUCUUCCAAAGCAACUACUCUAUUCAAAACUUAAAAAUGGAAAGUGUUAAGUUGUGGGUGAGACAUAGCAGAUGAUGCAGCGAUUUCUCCAAAGCAGCUCUUUAUUUGUAAGCUGGAACAGAACUGAAAAGCAAACAGCUCAGCCGGCCUGCUUUUAUAGGCAGCCGGCUGUCAACAUUGUAGCAACAACAACAACCUAGGGUUUCCCGCCUAAAGUAACUGACGUGGACCUGAGUGAAAACUAUAUACAGUGGUACCUCAGGUUAAGUACUUAAUUCGUUCCGGAGGUCCGUUCUUAACCUGAAACUGUUCUUAACCUGAAGCACCACUUUAGCUAAUGGGGCCUCCUGCUGCUGUCGCGCCGCCGGAGCACAAUUUCUGUUCUCAUCCUGAGGUAAAGUUCUUAACCUGAAGCAGUAUUUCUGGGUUAGCGGAGUCUGUAACCUGGAGCGUCUGUAACCCGAGGUACCACUGUACACGAUACUCCUGGUGGCCAGGGUGAGAACUUCAAUACAUAACAGAAAGCGUACUGCUGGUGGUCAACUAAAGAGGUUUAAAGACUGUCUCAAGGCAAAUCUUUAAAAAAAAUGUAGUAUAAACACUGACAACUGGGAAACACUGGCCUGCAAGCGCUCCAGUUGGAGAACAGCCUUUACCAAAGGUGUCAUGGGCUUUGAAGACACUCAAACUCAGGACGCAAGGGAGAAACGCCCUAAGAGGAAGGCACGCUUGGCAGAUCCACACCAUGAUCAACUCCCGGCCGGAAACCAAUGUCCCCACUGUGGAAGGACGUGUGGAUCCAGAAUUGGCCUCCACAGUCACUUAUGGACUCACUGUUAAAACCAUGUUUAUGGAAGACAAUCUUACUCAGCUACAAGUGAUCGCCAAAGAAGAAGAAGAAGAUUAGAAAAAACUGCUCCUUUCCCCUUUUGGGUUACCAAAGAGCCUGUAUUGAGUCCUUAUGUAGGUUCUCUAUCGGUAGGAGAAAAUAACAGAGGCCAGCCAGAGAAUAUUGAGACAAGCAAAGCAGCUAGUAAGCUUGAUCUUUAUUAAAGCUGUUGCAACAGGGUGCUCCCCUCACAUGCAGGAGGGAGGAGGAGACCCAGAACAUUGGUGUGCAAACUCUUAUAUAGACAUUUGAAAUUGCCUCCCCUGUAGCUCAAGACCACCCCCAAUACAUCAUACAUACAUCACAGAAGGGGCGGUCUACAGCAGAAAUAUGAGUGUGUUGUUUUUCUCCUGUCUGCCAGGAUACCUGAUAAUGGAUCACUGACUGCAUUACCUGGGCCAUUUGUCCACUCUUUUGUGAUGAUAACUACUUAAUUCCUGAGUCCAGGUCAUAGGCUCACCCUGUUCAUGCACAGACACACCCUUAAGACAGGAUUUGUGAUCAAAGAGACAAUGGGGAGGCUUUUCCAUUUCUUUCCUCCUUGCAGAGAAAUAUUUGAGGUCACUGGAAGAGUCAAAAUGGCUUUAGGACUGUUUUCCUGUACUGUUUCCAGACAUGUAGUUUGUUUGUUUGUUUGUUUGCCUUGUACAGUUAUGAACAAUUAUUAUAUAUAUAAGAUCUUAAAAUUCCUGUAACAGUGACAAAACACAAGAGAGCAGAAUGGGGAGGACCCAGAGGCCUGGUUCUUGAUAUUUAGUUAAGGUCACAUAUUGCGUGGCGAGUUCCUGUCCUCCCCCAGUGGAAAUAAAGACACAAUUACUUAAGGUUAAUGGGCUAAAUAUGGCCACAACUUUAUUGGUUACAGGUGAUGAGUGGUAUUGGCUUAGGCAUUGGUCCUAACAGACUAUCGGGCUUCAGCCUGCCUGCUUGAAGUCCGGGAAGGGUUAACCACCAGUAGGGGGAGUCUUGCUGAUGCACAUCAACUAGGAACUCCCCUGGGGUCACUGCUCGGGGGCGUGCCUUAGGCCCUCACCUCCAUAGGCUUCGGACAGGGCCACGCCCCCCAGAAUCCUUUAUCGGACUACCCUUCAAUAUGCGGGGCAAGUGAUGGCGCUUCCUCCCCUCUUCCAUCUACAAAACAAUACCAAUGCCUAACCACCAAUACUAAGGAAGUUGUGACGAUUUGCUACAAAGUAGGCAAAAACCAAGUGGCCGGUGCCAAUUUGCGAAGUGGAAAAAUUCCUACCAGGCCCCUCAAUGGCGACCAACCAAGGUCCAUAGCAAGGUCAAGGAACGAAAACCUUAUAGGGCGGGAAGGUGGGAAAGCAGGAACAGCUGUUAUGUGGGAAAAGAGGGAGUUCCCAGUGUGGUGUAGUGGUUAAGAGCGGUAGUCUCGUAAUCUGGGGAACCGGGUUCGCUUCCCCGCUCCUCCACAUGUAGCUGCUGGGUGAUCUUGGGCUAGUCACACUUCUCUGAAGUCUCUCAGCCCCACUCACCUCACAGAGUGUUUGUUGUGGGGGAGGAAGGGAAAGGAGAAUGUUAGCCGCUUUGAGACUCCUGAAGGGGAGUGUAAGGCGGGAUAUCAAAUCCAAACUCUUCUUCUUCUUCUUCUUCUUCUUCUUCUUCUUCUUCUUCAUCCGCGGCCGUGCCUGCAUUUAAAUCGGGCGGGCUGUGAUGCCCCCAAUCCUACCUCCUCUGCAGGGUGGAAGUGGCUUUGCCUGCCUAUCAGUAAUCCAGAUACAGUCCUGGAACUGAAGAGGGCGCAAGAGUCCUCCUCGCCAGUAAUACCUUAUGCUUCCCUUUGGGUAUCUGGUUGGCCACUGUGAAAACAGGGUUCUGGACCAGACGAGCUCUUCUUAAUCCCAAAAAAACUGUGCAGCCAAAGCUCUGGGCUCAGUCUCCCAGUUCCAGCUUUUCAUGAGGAAAUUGUGGAACUCCAGAUGUAGCCAGACUACAAGUCCCAUCGCCUCCGACCAUUGUGCCUGAUGGCUGGGGCUGAUCUGAGUCCAAAUGCAAAAAUAAUUGGGUAUCUUGUCUCCUUAGGGUACAACCCUGCAACUACGGAUGGAAACGAGCUCCCUUAUCCCACUGCAGUUCAGGAUCUCUCCUCAACCCAAUACAGGCCUGAGCAAGAGACCAGAAACACGGAGCUGGCAACUUUCUCUGCUUCUGAUUUAACAAAAGGUACAUCCUGGACACGGGUGGCGCUGUGGGUUAAACCACAGAGCCUAGGACUUGCCGAUCAGAAGGUCGGCAGUUCAAAUCCCCGCGACGGGGUGAGCUCCCGUUGCUCGGUCCCAGCUCCUGCCAACCUAGCAGUUCGAAAGCACGUCAAAGUGCAAGUAGAUCAAUAGGUACCGCUCCGGCGGGAAGGUAAACGGUGUUUCCAUGCGCUGCUCUGGUUCGCCAGAAGCGGCUCAGUCAUGCUGGCCACAUGACCCAGAAGCUGUACACUGGCUCCCUUGGCCAGUAAAGUGAGAUGAGCACCGCAACCCCAGAGUUGUCCACGACUGGACCUAAUGGUCAGAGGUCCCUUUACCUUUACCUUUUACAUCCUGGAGACAGAUCACUGUUUAGUUGCCUUUGGAAAGCUUUGUGGCAGGAUGGGGGGAGGGAGAGGGGGGGUUUUCAUUCUGACGGCCACAUUUCCUUCUGGGGAAAAAGUGUGUGAAACAACAUUUUUCCUUUGUGCAAUAAGCUAGUUUCUACAAACACAUACCCCCUCAAAAACGUCCCGGGGGAAAAUGGGACAUCCUGUUUUUCCCACGCGAGAGCAUGGCAGCCAUUUUAGGCACCAUACUGUCAUGCUGAGAUCUCGCCCCCGCUCCCCAAGUGAUUUUUUGGAAGGGCCACAAUCUCGCGUGAUGCGGCACAAUGUGCAUUUUUGGCCACAGUGAGAGCAUAACCCUGAAAAAGGUGUGUUUUUUGGGCUCCGUGACUUUGUGCAGGUCACGUGACUUGCGCUGGCGCAUGGACAAGAGGAUGCGUGUCCCAGUUUUGGGACUCAACAUGUUGGAGGCUAUGCAAACACACACUAAACAUCUCCCCUUAGCCUAUCCAUCUGUCCCUCCCUCCCUGGUCAAAGCUAUUUAUGCAGCCAAGGCUAAGGCCCACCUGGCGGCUACCAUGCAGAUUCUGGAGAAAUGUCAACACCUCAACAUCCUGCGCAUUGUAGUGUAUCAAGGAAGACCCGCCUGAGACUGUAGCCAUGUGAGGCCUCACUAGUUAUGACCUACCUAGUCCUGGAGGUGGCGCUGUGGGUAAAACCUCAGUGCCUAGGACUUGCAGAUCUUAUGGUCGGCGGUUCGAAUCCCCGCGGCGGGGUGAGCUCCUGUCUUUCGGUCCCAGCUCCUGUCCACCUAGCAGUUCGAAAGCACCCCAAGUGCAAGUAGAUAAAUAGGUACUGCUUUAUAGCAGGAAGGUAAACGGCGUUUCCGUGUACUGCGCUGGUGCUGGCUCGCCAGAGCAGCUUUGUCACGCUGGCCACGUGACCCAGAAGUGUCUCCGGACAGCGCUGGCCCCCGGCCUCUUAAGCGAGAUGGGCGCACAGCCCUAGAGUCGGACACAACUGGCCCGUACGGGCAGGGGUACCUUUACCUUUACUAGUCCUGGAGGCAUUGGCUGGGUAUGGGAAGCAAGUCCGCCAUCUUAAUUUCCCAGAAUCCCUAGUUUCAGCACUGCAUUGGGGCAUCUGGGAUAUUGUGGGGGAUUUUAAAAAGAAGCAACUUCUGAGCUCUGGGAGCUGCUGCCAAGUCAGAGGGGAAUUGGGGUGGGAGGGCCAAAGAAGGGGAACCAAGGUGGGCUUCUAUGGCGGUGAGCCCCGGUCACUGCCCAAGGGUGGUGGGUGUUCACAUUGGCAUCCUCACAAGCGAUCCUCUCUGAUUUUGAAGAGCAGCUUCAUGGCUAAACAUCCGUAGGGCUUUUGGAAACAAUCACACCCACAGCUGAGGAAGGGAAAUACAGUGGUACCUCGGGUUAAGUACUUAAUUCGUUCCGGAGGUUAUGUUCUUAACCUAAAACUGUUCUUAACCUGAAGCACCACUGUAGCUAAUGGGGCCUCCCGCUGCCACCACGUGAUUUCUGUUCUCAUCCUGAGGUAAAGUUCUCAACCUGAGGUACUAUUUCUGGGUUAGCGGAGUCUAUAACCUGAAGCGUAUGUAGCCCAAGGUACCAAUGUAAAGGGGUGGGGAAAGGGUGCCUCUAAUACAUGGGUAGGCAAACUAAGGCCUGAGGGCCGGAUCUGGCCCAAUCGCCUUCUCAAUCCGGCCCGCGGACGGUCCGGGAAUCAGCCUGUUUUUACAUGAGUAGAAUGUGUGCUUUGAUUUAAAAUGCAUCUCUGGGUUAUUUGUGGGGCAUAGGAAUUUGUUCAUUUUUAUUUUUAUUUUCAAAAUAUAGUCCGGCCCCCCACAAGGCCUGAGGGACAGUGGACCAGCCCCCUGCUGAAAAAGUUUGCUGACCCCUGCUCUAAUACCUCUUCUCUCUUUCUGUUUCCUGUCAGCGGGACCCCUGCAGGAUCAAAGCCCUGUUGUCAUUCAGGAAAACCGCACCUGGUUCGAAGCUCUGGCUGCCUGCCAGGCCAGAGGCCAGAUCCUGGCCGGGAGGGUGGCACUCCAGCAGGGUUUGAAGGCUUGGCUGGGGCUGCACCGCCACGGGCUGUGGGGCUACUGGGUUUGGGCCAAUGGGAGCGCCGUGGAGGAGCCUCAGAGCUGGCGGGAAGGGGAACCGAGCGAUCCCCUAUGGGGAAACUGUGGGGCAGGGACAGGAACGGAGGAAGGAGUCCUGUGGGAAGACGAAUGUUGCGAGCAGAAGUUGUACUAUGUGUGUGAAUAG